GUACUGAAUUUUUUAGUCCUGAUGGUACCACAUUGAAAUCAACUGAAACGGAGUUUUCUGUUGCCGACAAAAAACUUGAAAAUGGGAAUUCAGCAUUCGCGGACAUAUUGGAUGAUCUUCAAAAUGUUCUCGAGGUUGAAGAUGGUGAUGAGAAACAAGAUUGUAAUCACGUUAACAUAGAAAAUGGACUAAAUUUGCAAAUUGAUUCUGUAAAAAAGGUUGAAGAUGAAAUAGUGCCAACUACUGAUCCUGAAACUCAAACUCAUCGACAUAAUGAGGUUGUAGAAACUCUUAAAUUAGAUGUUUCCGAGCUAGAUCUUGAGAAGGUACUAGAGGAGCAGGAAACUCAUGAUUUAUUUUGUCCUAAUUGCCACUCAUGCAUCACAAAAAGAGUAAUUUUACGCAAACGGAAGAGGAGAGUUCAAGAUUUUCGAUAUGAAGAACGCCCCGAGAAACUACAUGUUCGACCAAAUAUCGUAUCUACUUCGACUGAAGUUGUAGAAACAAUUCGUGAUGAUGAGCCAGAUGUAUUCAGAUGUUUGUCGUGCUUUAGUUUUUUCAUUCCAAGAGAAAAUGGAUUUGAUAUAUUCCCAUUUUUUCGAAAAAGGGAGGAGAGUGUGAAGGUGCAGAUUCCCAACAUUCAAUCAUCAGGACAGACAUCUACCAGGGAUGGCAGCUGGCUAUCUUUAUUUUUCAAACCAGAGUCAAGUAGGAACAAAGGAAAAGAUUCAGUGCCUAUCCCAGCAGCUGUGUUGCCAGCACAAUCUCCAAUGACUCCUAAUAUUGGAUAUUCGGAACAAAACAACCAAAAGUCUCCAGUUCUUACUGCAUCUGAAACCCCAAACAAUGCAGAAAUUACAAAAUCCAAAUUUGCUGGUGCAGUGCCUAUCCCAGCAGCUGUGUUGCCAGGACAAUCUUCCCCGACUCCUCAUGUUGGAUAUUCUGAACAAAACAACCAGAAGUCUCCUGUUCUUACCGCAUCUGAAACCCCAAACAAUGCAGAUAUUACAAAACCCAUAUAUGCUGGUGCAGGUCAGCCAAUUUUUUAA